AUGCGUCAGGGGCCUGCCACCGCUAGUCGCCCAUCGCCAACCGGCCGCCGUCGCCGACGCGUCAGGGGCCUGCCGCCGCGAGCCGCCUAUCGCCAACCGCCGCAGUCGCCGACGUGUCAGGGGCCUGCCGCCGCGAGUCGCCCAUCGCCAACCACCGCAGUUGCCGACUCGUCAGGGGCCUGCCGCCGCGAGCCGCCCAUCGCCAACCGCCGCAGUCGCCGACGCGUUAGGGGCCUGCCACCGCUAGUCGCCCAUCGCCAACCGGCCGCUGUCGCCGACGCGUCAGGGGCCUGCCGCCCCGAGCUGCCCAUCGCCAACCACCGCUGUCGCCGACCCGUCAGGGGCCUGCCGCCGCGAGCCGCCCAUCGCCAACCACCGCAGUUGCCGACGCGUCAGGGGCCUGCCGCCGCGAGCCGCCCAUCGCCAACCGCCGCUGUCGCCGACGCGUCAGGGGCCUGCCACCGCGAAGCCGCCCAUCGCCAACCGCCGCAGUCGCCGACGCGUCAGGGGCUUGCCGCCACGAGCCGCCCAUCGCCAACCCCCGCUGUCGCCGACCCGUCAGGGGCCUGCCGCCGCGAGCCGCCCAUCGCCAACCGCCGGUGUCGCCGACGCGUCACGGGCCUGCCGCCGCGAGCAACCCAUCGCCAACCGCCGCAGUCGCCGAUGCGUCAGGGGCCUGCCACCGCUAGUCGCCCAUCGCCAACCGGCCGCCGUCGCCGACGCGUCAGGGGCCUGCCGCCGCGAGCCGCCUAUCGCCAACCGCCGCAGUCGCCGACGUGUCAGGGGCCUGCCGCCGCGAGUCGCCCAUCGCCAACCACCGCAGUUGCCGACGCGUCAGGGGCCUGCCGCCGCGAGCCGCCCAUCGCCAACCGCCGCAGUCGCCGACGCGUCAGGGGCCUGCCACCGCUAGUCGCCCAUCGCCAACCGGCCGCUGUCGCCGACGCGUCAGGGGCCUGCCGCCCCGAGCCGCCCUUCGCCAACCACCGCUGUCGCCGACCUGUCAGGGGCCUGCCGCCGCGAGCCGCCCAUCGCCAACCACCGCAGUUGCCGACGCGUCAGGGGCCUGCCGCCGCGAGCGGCCCAUCGCCAACCGCCGCUGUCGCCGACGCGUCAGGGGCCUGCUGCCGCGAGCCGCCCAUCGCCAACCGCCGCUGUCGCCGACGCGUCAGGGGUCUGCCGCAAUCGCGAACCGCCUCCAAUGCGUUUGCCACCGCCCUAGGUUCCGGACGUCGACGUCGUUCGCCCCCACCCGCCAGCCACCGCCCGCUGCCACCACUGCACCACGCCGUCGCCGCCGCCAACGCGUCGCGCCGCUUCAACCACCAUCGUCGCCAUGCUAUUAACAUUAACUUCGUCGAUCGUCCGCCAUUGGAAUAG